CUGAUUAGUAACUUUUAUAUCAGCUGUGAAAAUUAAGCAAUCGUUUCGGAAGCAAAACUUGCGCAAAGAUGUCCUUCAUCUCGAAAAUCGGCGCACAUAUGUACAAAGGUAGUUUGCGUUUGUUGACUCUCGCCGCAUCUACUGUGCAAACAUCAACCGUCAGCGCAAAUAAUCGAACAUAUCACAUAAUGGCCAAUUGCCGCACGUUGGCAGCAAGUGGACCAAUUGCGGGAAAUAGUUGUACCGCAACAGCUUCUGCUGGAGUUGAUAGCGGGUUGCAACGUCUGCUUACACCGUUCAAUUCAUUAUUAACACAAGUGGCCGGUUUUAAGGUUAAGGGUCGCUUGAAACGCCGCUGCAAGGAUUGCUAUUUUGUAGUGCGAGAAGAACGUUUAUACGUUAUUUGUCCAACACACCCGCGUCAUAAACAAAUGGCUAUGAAGAAACGCCCAAAGAAUACAUGGAUACUAACACAUGCUACACAAUCGAAAAUUAGACCGUACUAAGGGGAAAAUUUAAGUGGAAAGUGCAAUGUAGUAUGUAUUUGCAUUAUUUCGUGUUGUUGACAAGUUUUUAAGCCUUUAAAAAUAAAAUUGCCAAAAAAAAGUUUUUCGUGACAUUUAUGUAUUGAAAAUUAGCACAAAUGCUUUGGACAAACUGUUGAGAUCGGGAAGACCAUCAGUUCUUUGCCAUAUAAGACAUAUUGGAAAUUGAUUGAAAA